CUGCGAGUGCUGGAGCUGUCAGUGUUGGGAACCUGCCCUGGGGACUUUACAGCUGGGAUCCGGACACCGGACUUUACUUUCAGCCCGCAGAGGAGCGGUCACUCCCGCUGGUUACUUUACAGCCGGGGCCGGUGAGAGCUGUCACUCCCGGGGUCCCUGUAAUCCCCGCUCCCGGGAAACUUCACCUGAGCACUAAAGUCCCGCAGCAGGAAACGAGCGUUUACAGUCAUGUGACAUCUAGAGGGACCUGAGAAGUCUGAACACAUUUCUAUGUGCCAGGGGAGUUGGAUUGCAUCAUGCAGGAUUCGGAAAUUUGACCCAUGUACAUUCUACAUACAGAAAGAGACGCAAUCUUCCAGGAACAAACAGCAACUCAGUCUUGUUCUAUUGCCCGGUUACCAGAAGGGAGUAGCUUAUUUUAGCCCAAUUGUGUUUUUCACAGAGGAAAACUUUCCUGAAGUAUAUCAGUCUGAUUCCGCCCAACAAGGUCAGUCCAGCCCCGAAAUACCAGGCAUUGCUCCUCUGAACAAGGGAAAUGGCAACCCCAGAUGAUCGUUUCGGCCUCCUUUGGGCCUCGUCAGUGAGUUUGUGUGGCAGCUCAAGGAGCUGGUCUGUAAAUACAAGAAGUGGCUGUCUCCGGGAGUCAGAAGGCCAGGACAAAGCCAUGUCCGAGCUCCAGGAAACCAUUGUACUGGAGGAAGAGGAGGAGGAAGAAGAUGCCUCUACCAGCUGUGGCACAGGAGAGGAUGAAGAUGAUGGGGAACCCAAAAUCUGUCGUGUCUGUGGCGAUAAGGCCACCGGGUAUCAUUUUAACGCAAUGACAUGUGAGGGCUGCAAGGGCUUCUUCAGGCGCGCCAUGAAGAGAAAUCUGCAGCUCAGCUGUCCCUUUCAGAGCUCGUGUCUCAUCAACAAAAGCAACCGGCGCCAUUGCCAGGCUUGUCGCUUAAAGAAGUGCGUGGGGAUCGGCAUGAAGAGAGAGCUGAUCAUGUCAGAUGAGGCGGUGCAGAGAAGACGUGCGCUCAUUAGAAAGAAGCAGCAGCUGUAUCAUUUCUCCCCAUCCCCGCCUGUUACUUGCCUGACGCCGGAGCAGCAGGACCUGAUAGCGCAGCUGGUUGAAGCGCACACGAAAACCUUUGAUGUCAGCUUUACCUACUUCAGGGACUUCAGGCCCAUAGUACGGAUGUCGCCUCUAAUGGAUAGCCUUGACAAUGCUCAAUCAAAUAGCUUCUCAAUGCUACCUCACAUAGCGGACCUGGUUACCUAUGUGAUCAAGGGGACUAUCAGCUUUGCCAAAAUCAUCCCUUACUUCAGGAAGCAGAGCAUUGAGGACCAGAUUGCUCUGCUGAAGGGCUGUGCGCUGGAGCUGUGUGUUAUUCGAUUCAAUACUGUGUUUAACUGUGAGAAGCAAUGCUGGGAGUGUGGACCAAACAAGUAUGACCUUGAUGAUAUGGCUCUCGCCGGCUUCCGUAUGCUUUUCCUGGAGCCGCUAUUGAGGUUUCACUUUAUGCUGAAGAAGCUAAACUUGCGCACGGAGGAGUAUGCUCUGAUGCAGGCUAUUUGCCUCUUCUCUGCAGAUCGCCCUGGUGUUUCUGAACAUCGGAUCAUCAGCGAUAUCCAGGAGCAGUUUGCCUUGGCGUUAGUGGCUUACAUCGGAACGCACCACACUCCGGCUGAAGAAAACAGGUUCCUCUUUGCCAAGAUAAUGGAGCGUGUGACAGAGCUCCGCAGUAUGAAUGAUGAACACAGCAAGCAACUUGUUCAGAUCUGGGACAUUCAGCCUGAUAGCACGCCGCUCAUGCGUGAAGUCUUCAGCCAGUUGUGAGCGUGACAUGUCCUAUCAAGCUAUACGUGUACACAUCUGGCAUUUGCCCGCAGUGCCCCUGACUCAAAGGCUGAGCUAGUAUUUGCCUCUUACCAGAAGGAUAAAACCAUCUAAUUCCUGGGAAAACUGAGAAUAAUCAUCUAUUGGCUUGUGCCAGAAGCUUGCAACUUCAGUCUGCAUAAGUUAAUGACACUAAAUCUGCGGACCGGUUCUCUUAACUCGCCAAAAAGACUUCUUUAGAAAUGUGCACAAACCAUUUGAUUUUUCUGUUUCAUUUAGAAUGAAUUUGCAGGGGACCGAAUCAUUUAAUGUGAAUUCAUCAACGUUGUAUGAUUUGUAAUGUGAACUUGAACCUCCUAUGUGACUUACAAUGACGCCCACAACAUAAAACUUAAUAUCUCAGGAAUUUUAUGCAUCAGGGAAUUUAACCAUAUAGGAGUAGUAUCACUACAGUACCCAGAUCCAAACCAAGCAUUAGUUCUGUUAGAUGCAUCAUAGCAGUUAGUUUAUUGACGUGAUUGUUUCAAUUACCAAAAUUAUUAUCUCAAGGAGCAGAAGUUCCAAGGUCAUCUUUUCAAUAAUUGGAUGAACAUCUGUACUUUGCCGCAUCUUCCUUUCCAUAAUAUAAUUGCACUGAGUUUUACUUAAUGCUGUUAAAACAAAUCUUACCUCAAGGGCCAACUAUACGGCACCUACUAAGCACAAGUAGCGUGCCAGUUAUUUACUGAGCAACCAGCAGACCACUGGUCUUUACUCAUUUGUAAUGAUGUGUAUGAGUGUGUGUGUUGUCAUGUGAGAGUGUGAUGGGGUUUGUGCUUAUUCGUCUGUUUUAAAUAAAAUAUUUUAAUUUGUAUUAUUUAA